AGUCCAAAUGAGAUUUCUUUAAACCCAGCAUGGAAAAAAUUAAAUACUUGAAAAAUUACAUCACUACAGAAUAUGUUAACAGUUCCCUUGUAAUGUCUAUUUUACCAUCUUGAGGUGAGAGUAAUCAGGCAGUGUGCCUGUGUCAUUUUGUAGACUCCCUUUUGUGUGUGCUACUUGUGUCUGGAGGCGAUUUGCAUCAUAUUUCCAUAAUGUUCCCCCUCAAUUUCAUUGAGCAACGCACACUCUCAGUGUUGCAACUGUCUGAACACUGAACACUAAAUGCUUCUAACAAGCUCAGGCUGGUAUACCUCUAUAGUCAGGUACCCAGAGUACAAGAGGAAGGUACCCACUGCCCAGUCACAAAGUAUUUUAUCAUAUAUUUUUUGCAACAGCUUGUGGAAAAUGUGAAUGUCAUAAUGGAAUGAUUCAGUGUGCAUCAUCAGCAGGUAUCCAUUUCCCUGGUCUUGUAUCCCGUAAUAACUUGUUUGUAUAAAAAUUAAAAGGUGCAAAAAAAGAUAAUGUUAGAAGCUACAUAGCAUCUUCACGUGCCUUGUUGCAGUUGACUAUUUGUUAAGAACUUACCCUACUCUUAGCUACAUUUUGCCUGUCUUUUGCCCUGAGCUUUACAGGAUGGUCUGGUAGUUUACGGCACUCCAGCAGGCCAAUAAAUGUCCUGAUCGUUGCCCUAGCAGCCCCGGCCAGGGCAGAGGGAGUUUAUUGUUGGAAUAACUGGUCACAGCUUUUGAUAACAAUUCAUGGUGAUGCAACAUAGAGAUGGUGGAAUGGGUGUGGUCAGGGAUAAGCCUGGCACCAUUAGAAGGGCAUAGGUUGACAUGGAAUGCGUGCGGGUUUUCCAGGACUCAGGAUAAGGCCUGUUAAAGUGUUGUAAGGCUCUUGUGCUUUUUGAUUAUGCUUUCCUGAAGGGGAAACACACUGCUACCAUGUAGUGUUGUAAAACGAACCAGCUUUUUCUUUUUUUUAAAUUUUUCAAUCGCAGAAUUACUCAUCGUUGUCACUGUGCUUGAUAAGAUAUGAGGGACACAUCAUGUGUCAGAAGAUAGUUGACGUGUUAGACCACUUCCCAUGUAACCACACUGCUUGCUAUACUGCUUAAGUAGUAUAUAAGUCAAGAAAAUAUCACAUAGCCUGGUAUCUUCCUUCUAAUUUUCAUGUUACUUAAUGAUAAAUGCAAUCAUUUGCAAACUCAUUGAUAUGAGAAACACUGUCCUCACAGACAGAACAGAAGCACUUUUCUCCUUUUUUGUGUAUGUAGGUGUUUUUAAACCACAGUUUAAAAUGUAUUGCAGUCUAAUGGAGUGUUCCUGGUAAUGCAAUAUUCACUGCACCAGAUCCUAUGAUCCAAAGAUGACAUACUCUCAUUUGUAGUGCACAAUAUAAUAUUUACUGCAGCUACCAAUUUAAUUGAGUUUCACAGUCUAUGGUACUAACAGCAGGAGCCUUGGCUCUAAUCCAGAGGCUGUGCUUGAAAGCUUUCCAUGAAGAGCUUCAUCUGCACAGGUGAAUGUGCCUGGGGUGAGUUUAAAAUGCACAUUUUACAAGUGCAUCAUUCCUAGGUAAAAUUCAAGGAAGAAACCUGAUACUUAAUUCGGACAUUGUGAAACAUAUCAAAAGUCAAACUCAUCGUCAGCAUAUUCCUCUUCCAGUAAUAUCAGACAAGAGUCUGCUUCAGUUUAUCAUGUGAUGAAACUCUCAAGGUCUACAUAGAUUUUGUGAGCACAUCCUGUAUUAAUAAUAGCACUUACUUAACACUUACACUUAGCAUUUACUGCAGUUUUUACAGGCUGUAAAGACCCACAAGUCUCAGGCUCGAAAAAUAGAGACGCUUAUGACAAGGUUUCUGAUGUCUUGAAGAGGUAAAUAUUAUUUUCCCUAUAAGUAGGAGAACUGAUGUUAGCAUACUUCAUUGCUUUAUGAUUGAAAAGUUAGACUGAAGUGAUUAGUAUCCUUUACAUACCAAAUGCAAGGAGGCCAAAUACUAAACUAAAGGGUCACCUACUUUGCAAUUAAGUCCAGAAAAGUAAGAAAAUAUUGUUGGUAGUCAUUAUAGUAACCAUGUUGCUGGUAGUCAUACUGAAGAAAUCUCCUUUUAUUUGUCCAUGAAAUAAUUCAAUUUGCCUAUCCAAGUUUUUUUUUUUUUCUUUUCUUUGUUUUUGUCUUUUUAAACAGUGUAGCCAUUAGAAAUGUCCACAUCUUGAAGUAUAAUCUUGUGUGUAAUUAUGUAUAUUGUCUAAUGAUUGGGCUUCCAUUUCAUAGUGAUAGAUGCAAGUUAUCUGUUUCUGCAACACACACAACAUACAUUUUAUUGAUGUUCAGUAUGGAUAUGGAAAUUGCAUAAUUGAGGCCUGGCCAUUUAUUUCCUGGCAGUGUAUAAAGGCAGCUGUUAAACCUUUAGCCACUAAUACAGUAGAAUUAAUGUAGUGCCAUUUUUGCCUACAAACAGGGUGCAAACAUUCUUUCAGUUCAAUGAAGUUGUUUAGUAAAUGUAGAAAAAAGUGGAUGGUGGAAGGUACUGUUUUAAAAACACCCUAUUAAAUUGCCAGGGAAGUUGAAUACCAUUGUCUUUUGUCCUGCAUUAGUGUCCUCCAUACACAACUUUGUUGCAUUUCUUUAAAAUGCUUAUGCUGUAAAGCUUAAAGCUACAAGAUGUUGGAAUUUUACCCUCUCUGGAAGAAACGUGCUAUUGCACAUGUAUCUACUCACAGAACGUUGGUUAUGCCAUGUGAAUUAAUCUCACAGCUGCAAGUGCAUCCAUUCAGGGCUCUGUCCCAAACCAUAUCCUGCACACAACAAGGCAUGCCUAAAGAGUAGUGACACCAAUGGUGUACUGACAAACUAUUUAGUACGUUAGUGCGUAAGUAUUCAUGACUUACAAUUUGUAUGCUGCCAUUUCCUCAAUAUUGUGGAUGCAUUAUGAAAUAUUAUUGUGUACAUCACUGUGACUCCCAGUCACUGAGUACCAAAGCUCUUUGUAGGCCUGUGUCUAUCUACAUCAGAAGUGGCUGCCCAUAUCUCUGACAUUAUUGACAUGAACUAGCCAACUAAGUAUAGCAAGCUAGCUAAAAAAAACAGCAUAGGUGAUAAAACUUUCACAUCUCAUCACUCCAAUGUAGCAGUCGCCCCAGAUGACUCACUGCCACCUGACAUAACCAAGUCAAAAAUACAGAAUUACAGAGAAAAUCACUAACACCUCCCAUUAGCCACUAGCUUUCACUAGGUUUUCUUUUAUAGUAUAAAUCAGACUUGUUCUGUUUGCUUUUUUUAUACUCUCGUACUCUGCCUCCCCUGAGAAAUUUUUAUGACUAGCCUUUAUCACAUCAGCUCAAAUGAUUGUUUAUGAUAUAUCCAAUGCUGCGUCUUAAAAUCCAGAAUCCAGCUUUUUUUGUUAUUCAUAUGAGACAUUAAUAGUUUUUAGACAUAUAAUUACAAAUGACUUAGAAUGUGCUUUUACUGCAUGUGUCUUUUACUGCACAGUUGACACACUUUUUCUUUCAAUACAUAUAUUGAGAGUCUAUUGCUUAUUCAGUAAUAUUCAUUAAUCUAGUGCUUAAUGUUUUUGGUUUAAAAUGAUCUGAGGAGACAAUUUUUAAAAAAUCAGAAAGAAUGAGCAGUCUACUUGUUAAAAAAAAAAAAAAAAAAAAAAAAGACAAAUUAUGUUUGACUUUAUGGCAUAUGAGACUUUUGGUUAAACCAGUGGUUUAUGACCUUGUGUUAGAUUGUUGGUCUUUGUGAGCAAAUGAUAUGUUGUACUGAGCCCAACAUCCCUUCUCAAAUAUUGACCUGUACCAAGCCCCCACCACCAGAGAACAAGAAAAUUGAGAUAUGCAAUUUACCUCUCCCUUAAAUGGCCUUUGAAAAUAAUGUGUCAAAAAACUGUACCUUUUUUUUACAUUUUCAUAUCAUGUAAUUCUUGUAACAGUAGCAGCAAAGCUUGAUGUUUUUAUUAGCUUCAGCAUCUUGACAGGAGAAAUGGGGGCUGUGACUUUGGUGUGUUGUGCUUUAUGGUUCCAGUGUUUGUCAGUGAUUACCUUGUAGAGCUGUCUCUUUCUGUGCAGCUUUAUUAAAAGCACAGGUGAUGCCUAUAUCUAAUUUCUCAUGAGCUCAUUUUUCAUGAUGUGUCACUUGAUUUAUGGUGGUAGUUAUGUAGUGUAAUAAUGGAGAUUCAGCUUUUGUAUGUUGCCUAUUGUCUAUUAAAGGUAUAAACGUUUUAUAGUAGGGUUAUACAUAUCAGAAACUAUGUGAAAACAGUGAGAAUUUGUCAUUAAAUAGAGUACAACCUUCAAUGAGAAACACUAUCCAGGGCGGUCAUGUGCAUUAUAGUGUACAAUGCCAAUAGGUACGUUUAUAUCAUGACUGCUUUUGUUGACUGCAUGGUUACAUCAGGGUUGUGGGUUUGUGAAAUGACUUCUUUUUGAUACUGCUGUGGUUGUUGUAAGCCCAACAAGAAAGGUCUUGUAAUAUAAAUAUGAAUAGUCUAAUUUGGUAUGAUCAUUACACUUUAGUUUAGUAAAAAAUGUAAUCAACACUGAUUUUUGAAACUGAAAUGAAAUCAUAGAUCACUCAGUCCAUGGAUACAAUACUGAGGAACUCAAAGCAAGUUUUUCUUUACAUUCGGGAAGUCAGUGCAAUGCAUUCCUGCCAUAUUGGUCCAAUUAUUUCUGCCCCAUUGCAGUUUAUAAAGUUUUCUGUUUAGAAUAGUACCAGGUUUGAUUAAAGCAGCAAAUUAAUUAGCUUGGGGUUAUUAUGGAAUUUAUUAUGCAGUGACGGAUUAGAUAAGAGACUUGUUAACCUGCUAUAAGGCAGUAUUAACAGGAACGGGUUAUCCAGAAAUUAAAUAAAUUUUUUUCUUGACCCAAAUGUACUGUAGUUGAUCAGCCAGCACUUAUUUGGUGUCUUAAGUACUUUUAGUUUAGGAUUUUUAGAUUAGAAUUUUUUUCAUUUCUGGACUUGCACCUGCCUGCUUCUCUUCCUCACGUCAUAGCUCCUCCCUGUAAGGCAGGGAGAAAAAUGUACAAGGAAAGGAAAUGAGGACAGGAUGAAUCGAAGACAAACAUAUUUACCAAAUGAGGCAUCCUUGCUCAUGGAAGCAUAGCUUUAAAGUGACUUAAGUGAAUUAAUUUAUUGAUGAAAUUAUUGAUUCUAUUAUUAUUGUUGUAUCAUUGGAUAAAAUUAGUUUUUCGGAAGAGAUGUAUUUUUUAUGGCAUUUAUACCAUGUACUUAUAACGAAUGCUACAAUAAAAACAACUUUUGUAUGAAGGAUCUGAGUAUCCUUGAUCUAGAAGCCUCCUAUCUCCUCACACCUUGAUUCCUCCAAAUGCAUUUUUUGAUUCGGUAUGUCCUAACUGAUGGCUGAUUUUUCAGGUCACACACUGAAGGAGGUAGGAAUCAAGGUAUCACUUGCAGUAUUGGGAUUGACUCCUUGUUUGGCAAGAAUUUGUUGAUGAAGUUUUAUAAAAUAAUAGUAAGUCCAUAUAUAUCAAAUUGCUUUCAACACACAAUUCCACCAACUUUGGCCAGCAAAUGUGUGACAUCUAAUCGCUAAUGCAAAUACAACCAGUGUAAGUUUGCCAGACGCUUGUGUAGACUGAUACCAAAUUAUUUGCUGAAAGUGGUUCUAACUUCAAGAUGGCUGUGCCCACUGCUUUUAUAGACAGAAUAAUGUCACACAGUGUCAAAAACCACAUAUGCAAGUGUGACUUGAGCAUGCUAAACUGGCUGUCUGAAGCUUUCCCUGCAUGUUAGCUACAUUACCCUCAGCUUCAGUGCAAAACUUAGUAAGCACAGUUCAGACACUAAACAUAUAUUUGACUGACAAUACUAUAUUUGCAGACAAGUAAAUAAAUGAAUUCGAAAAUUAAAACUAUUCAAGUUAUCAACACUUAUCGUCAGUAGAUUUAGCUCGCUAGACACCUGUAAAAUCUUUUUCCUUGCAGCACUCAAGUUUUUAUAUUGCACUAUAGCGAAGUAGCUACAGCCACCUCAAAACAUGGAACAAAAUCAGGAUGGUCGGGCAAAGUACAAGAAAAUAUCUAACGCUUGGGGACACAGUAACGUUCAGCGUAGUCCACCCAAACGUGAAUUAUCCAGGUACAACAGCAUGGCCUACAUGAGUGAGCACCUGUUUAGCUUUCACAGUGUGUGUACCUGAGAAAGCUCAGCAAGGAGAGUUGAUUUGUUAGCCACUGGAAAACAAAGUUUAGCCAUACUGUAAGAGGCAAAACAGCUAAUAUGAUUACAGCAGUCCUCAUAAAUUAAAAUACGAGUUGCUUGUUUUAAGCUCUUAGACCUUUAAUUUAAGGUGACAAUAACAGUCUUAAUGCCAAUCUCAGUGGUGCAAUCUGAAUAAGUUUCCUGUAGUCUCUGUUGCUAGCUAGCGUCGCUCAGAGGCUAAAACCUAAUGCAAUAAAUGAGCAUGUGCUCGCUCAGUCUGAGGAGCAGUAGGAAACCUGAUGUUGUUUAACCAGAUCACUGAGUUUAGCAUGUGCACUGGUAUGACCCAUGUUCUGUCAUUCAUCAUUUAUUUAUUAAUGCCAUAAAACCACCACUAACAUGACUAGUAGUCACUAGGUAGAGGUUGAGGAAACAAAUAUAUUUUUAAAAUAAGUCAGUGUAAAUUGUGAAUUAAAACUUUAAAUUUAAUUUAAUAAUCAUCUGUAAUGUCAUUUUUCUUUUGUUAUCUGUAUAUUUGGUCAUUUAAGCAAACCUUUUUCUCUGUCUAGUUUAUUGUUUGGCAUGGGCAACCUGGCUCUGACUUGCUCUGAGGCUGGUAGAAAGACUUUAUUCCUCAAAGAUUGAUGAGAGCAGAAACUUGAAAGAAAAUAUACAGUCUGCUGUAACAAGUCUGCUGUAAUCAUUCAUUGAUUAAGUAUGUUUUAGGUUUUAAGCUUUCACAUGAUUUGUGUUCUACUGCAGAUUUUCUUUUAUUAGGCCAUCAAAAUGGAUUAACUCAAGGAUUAACUUUUUCUUAUUCUUUUUUUUUUUCUCGAAUCUUUGAAAGGUUAUUGAACAAAAUAUUAGGAAACAAAAAAAUUUCAGUUUGCAGCUCUACAUGGCUGAUAAAAUACAUUUGGGGUAAAAUAUAAGUGUAAAAAAAAAAGGGAAACUGGAAAUUAAUUAUUAAGUGAUCAUCUUAUGAGAACAUCCUUACAUUAACCUGGGAUUAGAUUUUUAAUGUCACAGUGAUGCAUGAAUGACAAUAAAUAUGUAAAAUUUGCAACCUAAAAACAUUAUAUGAACAUGAGAAUAUGAAAAUGAUAUGAGUCGUUCUGCUUUAACAGUGCAGCUUGUUGGGCUGAUGUGUGUGCAGACAUCAAGCAGCUUGUGUCUAGACCUGUUCGGAAUGCAUUCAACUUCCCUGCAACUUCAGCCUAUAGAUGUGAUUCCUCAAAACAGUUUUGAGUAUUCCAUAGAGGGUUAGAUCUUAUGUUUUUUUUUUUUUUUUUUACCUCAUUUUUUCCUCAGGUUCUGAUGGCAGAGCAUUUUGGUAUAAGUGAGAAUCAACCGUCCAGAAUACAUUGUUAUUUGCUGUAGAAAACCAGCUGUGUUGUUUAACCUCAGUCUGUUUUAUGUAGCAGCAAUGCCAUAGUGUACUUUUGUUUUCCUUGUAGCUAGAAUAUGUGGGUGUGCGGCAGGCAUGUUUUGCUGGUAUAUUCACAGUGCCUCCUCUCCCCUCCUUCAGUAGACAUAUGCUGUAACAUGUUGGUAUUGGUAUGACAGUAAACACAUGGGCGAGUCAAGAUGGCGGGGGUGGCGCUCUUUUACAAUAAGCACAUUUGCUGCCUGCAGACACAGAACAUGGCUAUUAAAACCUGAGGAGAGGAGUCUGUACAUGGCUUUGCAAUGUACGAGUUUAUUCUAGGUAUUUCUGUGAAAAUAGUUUACUGUUUAUACAUUUAACCUAUCAACAAGAGUGGUUUAGUGAAUAUGAAACAAGGGUAAUUGAUUAGAAAUUAAAUAGUAAUUGUCUGCAGUUUUAUUCAAUACUGUACAAUACCAUACAAUACCAUGGUAUGGAAUCUAUUAGAUGAACUUUUUCAGGGAAUGUCAGAAAAUUAACAUCUAUGGCUUAAAGUAUGUGAAAAGUUCAUAAUUUGCAUAGCUUUUGGCCAAUAGUUUGUAUCUCCAGUUCUGGUCAUGCAAUGAAUAGUUUUUUUUCACUGAAGCCAAAACAUAUUCUUCACACUAUGAUAGCUGAGUUAUUUCUGAGAUCACUUUGGCAUUGUCUUCUUUGUUUAAUUUAAUUAGCUCAGACUAAUUAAAUGAAAUACUGAAAAUAAAGAAAACAUUGCAAUAGAACCAAUUGCAAGAAAAACCCCACGUUUUUUUUUAAAUACUCUGUAUCAAUGCAUAAUUAUUAUAAGUAGUUCUUUUAUUUGUGUAGUGGUAGUACUAGUAUAAUAUAUGUUUUGUAGUCCUCCAUGUCCCGAAUCUAUCUUGUGUUUCACCAAUUUGGAGAACACAUCUUUACAGCCUUCUGCAACAAUUUCCUGUCUUGUUUUCACAACUUGGGUAGUUCUUCCUAUCUGUGGCAUGUGGCCUGUUGCCACAUAGUAGAAAUAGAUCACUGUGAAUGUUGCUAAGCCUAUUUCUUUAGAACACAGCCCUCAUUUAUCGAGUUCAUGGUUUCAUGAGUUGACGGUUGAGUCUCUGCUGGUGUAGAUGCCCUGGAUUGAGCCACAAAAUUGAGGGAGAGAGAAAGAGUGUGGACAAGACCAAAAAGGGAACUUUAUAUUGUUUUUAGCACCCUUGUUUGGUGAAAGCGGAUAAAAAUUCUUCAGCUGUGUGCCCGCCUUGAAGCUCUUCCUGUGUUGAGGGGUGUGGUGCAGAGUGGUGUGUGUGUGUAUGUGGGGAGUCUCUGGAGAGGCAGGAGAGUGCCCAUCGGUCUGAGUCCUCCCUCUGUCCACCGUUGCACCAUGACCACUGCAGUCCAGCCCAACGAGCUCGUCUUCGAGUUUGCCAGCAAUGGCAUGGAUGAAAUCAAUCAGCUGGAUGACCCAUCUGUGUUUCCAGCGGUGAUCGUGGAGCAGGUGCCUGCUGCGGACCUCAUGCAGGUGUACUCAGGGCUGGAGGCUGAUGAGGUCACUAAUGGCAUCAUGGUGGACACCAUGCAGGAUGUAGUGGAGGAGAACAUUAUGGUGGGAGAUGUAGGGCUGUCUGUAGAGACUCCAGUCUCUGGAGGAGAAGAUAAUGUAGAGACCAUAGAGGCAGCUGAGGCUUUGCUGAAUAUGGAGUCUCCCAACAACAUCCUGGACGAGAAACGCAUGAUUCACACGUAUGGAGCUCUGCUGGAACCAGACCUGCCCUACAUAUCUUUGCGGCCGGAGCAACUUUCUGCUGACUGCAUGGACGUCUCUCUGGAUGAAGAAACAUCAUCUAUGGAUGAGAUUCCUCAGAAGAGUCCAUCUAAACCACCUAGGAAAAAUAAAGUGCGCAAACCUAGGGUGGUGCGCCCUUGUUCCCCUAUCACCAAUCCGUCUCUCCCUCUAAAGAAAAAGAGUAAAGAAGGAAAAGGUAACACAAUUUACCUGUGGGAGUUUUUGCUGGCUUUGCUGCAAGACAAAAACACCUGUCCCAAAUAUAUCAAGUGGACGCAGAGAGAGAAGGGUAUCUUUAAGCUAGUGGACUCAAAGGCUGUGUCCAAGCUGUGGGGAAAGCACAAGAACAAGCCUGAUAUGAACUAUGAGACCAUGGGAAGGGCUCUCAGGUAUUACUACCAGAGGGGCAUUCUGGCAAAAGUUGAAGGUCAGAGGCUUGUGUACCAGUUUAAGGAGAUGCCCACGGACCUGGUGGUCAUUGAUGAAGAUGAUGGGCAGUGUGGAGACUCCAGCCCUGGUUUUGGCGGCCAGCGCUCCAACUGCCACAGUCGUGUCAUGAGCCGCGGAGCAUCGCGCGCCCAGGGCAAAGGGUCCGGCCACACGCAAACCAAAGCAGUGAAGAAGGAGCCAGGAGCGAGUGUGCUCUACCAUAAUGCCAAAUGCAAACAAAGUGAGCAGCUGCUGCAGACUGUACAUGUGCUGCAGCCAAACCAGGGAGCUGCUGUUCCUGCUUCUGCACACACGCUGAGAACCAUUAACAUGCCUGCCACUGUUCCCAUGGUCCUUACAUCCGGAUCGCAAGGAGGAGCACCAGUCACAUUGCAAACGGUGCCCCUAACCUCUGUACUGGCCAACAGUGACUCUCUGAAUGGUCUGACCCGUGUGGUUACACUCAAUGCCAACGGGCAGCCUGUGGUAGCGCAGCAGCCUGGUACUGUCAUUGCCACCGUGCUGAAGCCUGGUGAGCUUCAGAAUCUGCAGGUAAAAGAGGAGAUCCUGGAGCCACAGUUCUUGCAGUCGCUGGUCAAUGGCAAUCCGUUCUGCAAGGAGGAGACUGAUGGAGAUUCAUCUGAGCUUGGCCAUAGGACUGUGAUUGUUGGUGUUGCUAGUCAGGGCAUGUGCCAGCUUGCUAACGGACACUCAGAGGCAGGGGCAGAGCUGGCAAGCAGCCCCAGUGAAGGUCUAACCCCAGUGGAAGAGCUGGAGGUGAAGAGUGAAAUUGCCGGAGCCAAAGAGUUGCUAGAAUGUCCACAAGUGCCUGUUGCUGUGCAAAUACCCACUUCCCAGUUCAUCCAGGUGAAAACAGAGCUCUCUGAGACCUAAAAAUUUACCAAGGUCAGGAGACCACAGACUGUGCUUAAAUAAUUCAGUGAAAGUCACCUGAGGACUGUUGUUUACUCACAAUAUUGUGAUACUGUGCCUAAAUUUGAAUAUUAAGGGAUAGUUAUAUAAAGCUCUACUGGCUGGCUCUGUGGCAUCACCUGCAAUCCAUUACGCCAUCCUGUAAUCAGAGACCAGCCGUUCACUGGACCAGGGAUUGUUCUGCCAUGUGCCAGUUUCUUAUUAUGUUUCAUCUCCUUGGACUUACCUGCAGUUUUUAAUAUACUCCCCCUAAAACAGAGCCAAACAGCACAGAGAAGUGUUGACAGACAGCUGCUAUGGAACGAAAAGAACCCAACAGAUAGUAGGUUCAAGAAUAUUUUCACUUAAGAGCGGUGAAGUGCUUGCCUGUGAUUUAUUGAUGACCAGAGUGAAAGAGUGCUUUCCGUAACUGGCACAAACGGUUCAAAUUAUUUUUUAUAUCUUAGAUUAGGUGCAAAAAUAUGCCAAUGGAAAAAUGUUGUUCUGGACUAACAGUCUCUGCCUACAAAACCACAUGGCUGAGACCAGGUUAUUUUCAAAUCAUAUUACAAACAUUCCUUAAGGAUUUGUUGUCUUACUAUGGAAAUGGGCAUUCCCUGUCAUAAGAGAAAGUUUAAUAAGACAUUCCUUUAUAUAUUUACUGAAUACAGAGACAGUACAAUGACAAAUUCAUUAAUCAUCUGCUUCAGAAGCAGAGUAUUUCUCCAUUAUUCCUUAAUCAAUGUUUAUAGAAAUCAAAUGCCAUGUAAGACAGGAUAUACAGUAUAUAAAUAUAUAUGAUAUACAAUUGAGAUUUGGUUUAUGGCCACACAUUUAUUUAUUUUGUGAAUUUCUAAAUUCUGUAUAAAAGGUUUAAUUUUUUAUUGUAAUAAAUAUUGGGAACAUGCAGUAUAUAUAUAAAGUUAUUUCAAUCUACAUGUUAGAUUUAUUGUAAGUUGUAUAUUUCAGUUCAAAGCAUUCCAUGUACUUGGCACCCCUUAUAUAUUUUGUGUAUUUCAAUAUAAGGGUAACAUUUUUACAUAUAUAGAGCUUUAUGAGAUUGAUCUCUGCCUUGUUAUCUACUGUGAUAUUUUUAAAGCCUUUAUUUUUACAGAUCUUAUUUGUUUCAGUUUCUACUCUUAAGCUGACAUACUCUUACUCCAUCAUAAUGAGACAACACAAAAUGGCCCUGUUUACACCUCGUCAUUGCAAAAGUCUUGACUAUCAGGAUUAUAUAUAUAUAAUAUCCUGAUAGUCUAUAUAUCUGAUAUAUAUAUAUAUAUACCGUAAAUGUGUCUGUCUCUCCUAGCCAUAUUAGACAGACAAAAUCCAACCGAACAGGUGAUGCACAUGCUGCAACUGUCUUAUUCAUAAAACCACUAAAAACAGAGACAACAAUGGUAGUUGGUGUACAAAAUGUAAUGAGCUGAUUUGCAUAUUAACAGGAAAUACAACUAUCAGGCUUCAGUCAAGCUAACCAGAGAUGCAUUUGGCUACGAGGUUAAAUACAUGGGAUUAAAAUCCUAUCAGGACACAAUCCAGACACAAUGCAUGAAACGACCAGGUGUAAAUGGGCUCACCCAUUCUCUUCCUUCUUGAAAAUUGUUUUGUUGCUUUUUUUUUUUUUUUUUUUACUUUUUUACUGUGUUUUAGAGUUAAGUCUGUGCCUAGUUAUAUGAAUUAAAUGUAUUUAUUUGUAGUAUUCUCACAUCUAAUGUAGUUUUAGAUGUAUGGCAUAAUUUACCAUUAAUAAUCUCUGAGACAGGUAAUAGCUGCAUCUCCCCUAGUAGAUAGUGUGCAUGUUGUAGCUAUAUUGAUCCUGGACUCAAUUUGUGCUAAAUUAGUGGAGUUGCAGUCAGGAGUGAUCUGAAGUGCAAUAUCUGCAAAGGCCUCGGGAAAAAAAAACAAUGCUCUGACAAUCAAGCCUACAAAUUAUGUGAUGCUGAUAUGAAAAUCAUUGACAGUAAUGUGAUGAUGAAAUUAUCUUACCUAAUACACUGUGCACUAUAGAAACAACUGCCUAAGAAUUGGCUUUGGGGUAAAUGUAUGCCAGCUCUCUGGGGUAAAUCCCUGCCUGUUUCUUAAUUUCACCUGCUUUUGGGGCUGUCCUGUUUUCUAUAUUUUCAAUGUAGUCUAGAUUUUUUUUACAAUAAAAAUGAGAUACAAUAAAAA